AUGACAAUGAUUUUCAGGACAUCAAGGCCCACGCGAAGUUGCGCGACAGACGAGGGACAGCAAGCCCUGUGCGAGGCGCGCAUUGUUCAAGAGCAAGACGAUGCUGGCGAAGGUGGGAGAGGACGUGGAUGUACCACCAACGAGGACAGGCUUGCUGGAGAGGAAGGCACGGAAGAAGUUGUCUUGCACCACGACGUCCAGGAUGCGAUGUCUGCCGCUGCUUGCGCCGUGCACGCCCUACCGACUACCACCUCUACCUUCGAACCAUGUUUGCACACGCCUCAUGCUACCUGCACCGCGCACACACAUGCACCGGCUAUUCCCCCGCCUUCAAACCACCCAGCUGCCACAAAUUCUGCUGCGCACAACGCGCAUGCGCACACGGCAUCCACCUCCGCUUCCAGACCGCCCACCACCCACCACCCACUGCACACUGCCCACGCCUGCAGCUGCUCAUAUCGCGCAAACACUGCCAACUGCUGCCUCUGCUUCCGAACCGCUUUCGCGUGCGCUGCCUGCUGCCCUCAUCGCGCACGCGCGCAUGCCGACUGUGCCCCCUCCUUCGAACCACUCACCUCCUGCACAUUCCGCUGCGUGCAGCACGCACACGCACGCAGAAUCCACCUCCGCUUCCAGACCGCCCACCGCCCACCGCCUGUCGCCCACUGCCCACCGCCCGUUGCCCACCGCCCACUGCCCACACCUGCAGCUGCUCGUACCGUGCACACACCGCCGACUGCCGCCUCUGCCUCCGAACCGCUGUCGCGUGCGCCGCCUGCUGCCCGCAUCACGCACAAUCCACCUGCACCUCCCAACUGCCCAUUGCCCAUUGCCCACCGCCCAUUGCCCAUUGCCUUCAGCUGCUCGUACCGUGCACACACCGCCAACUGCUUCCUCUGCCUCCGAACUGCUGUCGCGCGCGCCACACAUACCCCUACCUCCAACAUAUGCAAACCCUUUGAGGCAGACAAGACGAUGGACUACAACGAGCUUGACAUGUAUGUCACUAUGCUGGACAUUGCACUCACCAGCAUCGACUAG